CAGCAAUGCCUCCCGUCAAGGAAGAAGAAACCCUCUUGAUCGGCAACAGAAGCAGCAACCUCUCCUCCUCCAAGACAGACGGCCUCCAGGUAUAUCUCUACCACCAGCUGAACGUGGCACCAUCAGCCUCGGAUUCAGCCGGCACCCUAAACUUCACCUUAGGGGAGUACACGGCCGAGGAGCUCUGCAUCACAGCAGCCAAAGCAUGUGGAAUCCUCCCCGUCUGCCAUUCCCUCUUUGCGCUGGCCAGAGAGGACCUCUCAGGGUGGUACGCGCCCAGUCAUGUCUUCACCGUGGAUGAGUCCUUCAGCCAAGUGCUCCUCUACCGGAUCAGAUUUUUCUUCCCCAACUGGUUUGGGUCCCAGAAAUCAUUCCGCUGUGGGCUGGCCAGCGACCAAGUCAGUCCAGUGCUUGAUUACCCAACCAUAGACUACCUCUUUGCCCAAUCCCGCAGCGAUUUCAUCAGCGGUCGGGAGGAGAUAUCCCUGACCAUGGAGAACCAGGAGACCUGCCUGGGCCUUGCUGUGCUGGACAUGUUGCGGAUGUCCAAGGAGAGGAAACGGAGCCUGGAGGAGAUCUUCCAAAGUAUCAGCUACAAGUUGUGCCUCCCAGAGCAGAUGCGGCUCCAGCUCCAGGCACAGAACUUCGUCACCCGGAAGCGGAUCCGGCGCCAGUUUGGACAGUUGUUGCACAAGGUCAGCAGCCUGCAGACCGAAGUCCGCUUCCUCAAGCUGAAGUACCUCAUGGAGCUGAAGGGCCUACAGGGGGCCACCACCGAGGAGACCUUCCAGGCCUGGGUCCCUAUGCAGGCAGCGACAGGAUCUGCCUGGACCAUCCACGUCUCCGGCGAAAAAGGGAUCUUGACAAGUCACAGUGGCACCAAGGGAACCCACCUGUUCUGCGACUUCCCCGAAAUCGCCGACAUCACCAUCAAGCAAUCCAUCCGUGAUGGUCAACCUGUGAAGAGCCGCCUGGUCAGCAUGACAAAGACAGACAGCCGGGUGCUGGAGAUGGAAUUUGGCAGCCUGGCAGAUGCCUUGUCGUUUGUCUCCCUGGUGGAUGGAUACUUCCGCUUGACUGUUGAUGCUCAGCACUAUUUCUGCCUGGAGGUUGCCCCCGCGAGGCUUCUAGAAGACCUGGAAAACCGGUGCCACGGACCCAUCACGUCAGAAUUCGCCCAAAACAGACUGAAAAUGUCUCAGAACGAAGGCGUAGUGCACAUCCUUCGACGAAGCCCAGAAGAUUUCGACAGUUACCUGCUCACCAUCUGCAUCAAGACGGACAUCGGCAAGGACUUCAAAAGCCUCUUGAUCCAGAAGGGCAGUGACGGCACCUUCUCCACUUCUGGGGUGGCCAAGAAAUUCUGCAGCCUCCAGGAGAUGCUGGGUGUCUGCCAGCGCUUUAGCCUCCAGGCCGAUGGAGCCACCAUCCAGCUGGGCCCACAGCGCCCCCCACAGCCCAAAGAAAAAUCCAACCUCUUGAUCGUCCGGGGGGGCACCUCCCACCAGCUGCCCCGCUCGCCCGCUGCCUCACGGAGGGCCGUCAGCCAGAUGAUGUUCCCGAAAAUCCAGGCGGAGAAUCUGGUGCAGUGUGAGAAUCUGGGGCAAGGGACCUUCACCAGGAUCUACCGGGGCUUCAAGCGAGAUCCCAAGGAAAGCAGAGAGGAGGAGGAAGAGGAAGAAGACGACUCGAGGGGUCGCCAGAUGGAAGUGGCCAUGAAAGUCUUGGAUGUGGCCCACUGCAGCUGGGCUGAGCCCUUCCUCGAAGCGGCCAGCAUGCUGGGCCAACUCUCGCACAAGCACCUGGUCCUGCUCCAUGGAGUCUGCGUGGGAGAAGAAAGUGUCAUGGUGCAGGAGUACGUCAGGUGCGGAGCGUUAGACAGCUACCUGCGCAGGAACCAGGCAAGUGGGAAAGUGACAGCCACCUGGAAGCUGCAUGUCGCCAAGCAACUGGCCUAUGCCCUCAACUUCCUGGAGGACAAGGCCAUGGUGCACGGGAAUCUCUCUGCCAAGAAGGUCCUGCUGGCAAGGGAGGGGGAUGCUGCCAGCGGGUGCCUCCCCUUUGUGAAACUCAGCGACCCGGGAGUCAGCGCCGCCGUCCUCCCCAAAGACUUGCUGACCCACCGGAUCCCAUGGGUGGCACCGGAAUGCCUGGAGGAUCCCAAGAACCUGGCGCCCGAGUCGGACAAGUGGGGCUUCGGCGCCACCUUGUGGGAGAUCUUUAACGGUGGGAACAUGCCCAUGAGGCUGAUGGAACCCGAAAGGAAGCUCAAGUUCUACCAGGACCGGCAGCAGCUCCCCGCUCUCAAAUGGGCAGAGCUGGCCAACCUGGUGGCUCCAUGCCUGGAUUACGACCCUCGGAAGCGCCCCUCUUUCCGCAGCAUCCUUCGCGACCUCAACGAGAUCAUCACUUCGGAUUACGAGCUCCUUUCGGACCUCCCGACUGACAGCACCCCUGGAGGCUACGUGGAUGUCUCGCUGUGGCAGGAUCCCACCCUCUUUGAGGAGCGCCACCUGAAAUACAUCUCUGUGCUUGGCAAGGGGAAUUUCGGGAGCGUGGAGCUGUGCCGGUACGACCCGCUGGACGACAGCACCGGGGAGCUGGUGGCCGUCAAGCGGCUGCAGCAAAGCACCUCCGAGCACCGGGCCGACUUUGAGCGGGAGAUCGCCAUCCUGCGCUCGCUUCACCAUGACUUCGUGGUCGCCUACCGGGGCGUCUGCUGCAACCGAGGCCGAAAUUCUCUCCGGCUGGUCAUGGAGUACCUGCCCAACGGGUGCCUGCGGAACUACCUGCAGAAGAACGGAGAGAGGCUGGACCUCAGGAAACUGCUCCUCUACGCCUGGCAGGUCUGCAAGGGCAUGGAUUACCUGGGUUCUCAGCGCUAUAUCCACCGGGAUUUGGCCACCCGGAAUAUCCUUGUGGAGAACGAGAACCACGUCAAGAUCGGAGACUUUGGCUUGGCCAAGAUCCUCCCACAGGACAAGGAGUAUUACGUUGUGCGGGAGCCGGGCCAAAGCCCCAUCUUCUGGUACGCACCAGAAUCACUGUCCGACAACGUCUUCUCCCAGGAGUCGGACGUCUGGAGUUUUGGGGUUGUCCUUUAUGAGCUUUUCACCUACGGAAGCAAAAGCUGCAGCCCCUCAGAGGAGUUUCUCCGAAUGUUGGGGCACAGUAACCCCCCCAUGAUCGUUUGCCAACUCUUGGAGCUCCUGAAGCAGAGCAAGAGGCUCCCGUCACCCCCCAACUGCCCGGCUGAGGUUUAUGCGCUGAUGCAAUCCUGCUGGUCCUUCUCCCCGGCCCAGAGGCCUCCGUUCUGCAAGCUGGCGCCCCAGAUUGAAGCCCUGAGGAGCAGCCGCUGCAAAGUGCGGGGCUAGCAGGGAUCCUGUGUCCCAGGACUGACUGCAGCAGAGAAGCUGGCCUUCUCCUCUGCAGAGUCUGGACCGUGAACCCAGGACUUCAUUCCACCCCGCUUC